CUGUCGUUGCUUCACAGUAAGCAGGUAGGAGGAAGUCCUUGUCCAGCGAGCAGUAGCCGCCCAAAGACAAACAACAUCUGAAUAAAACCACAAUAAGGAGUAAAACAGCAUGGAAGCAAGUAAACCACUUCGGACGACAGCUGGAGAUGGCCCUGGAGCAGAAGAGGAGGCCAAAAAGGCAGCAGCUGCAGCCAAGGCAGCAAUCCGCCUGCCUGAAGUUCGUCUGGUGGUGCUGGGCUGGAGAUGGCCAGGAAAGAGUCUGACUGCAAACACCAUCAUAGGCAAAGAGGAGUUUCGUUUGGAGCGAGCAGCCGAGUUCUGUGUGAAGAGACAGACAGAGGUGCAGGGGCGGCAAGUGACUGUGGUGGACACUCCAGGCUGGUAUUCCGUUCAGGAUACUCCACCCUCCUAUAAACAGGAGUUAGUGAGGGGAGCUUCUCUUUGCCCUCCAGGUCCACACGCCUUCCUGCUUGUCAUCCCUGUGGGCAUGUUCACAGAGGUGGACCGUGCUCGCCUUGAGGAGCAUGUGAACCUGUUUGGCGAGCAUGUGUGGGAGCACACAAUUGUGGUUUUCACCUGGGCAGAUGUGUUGAGGACCAUUUCCAUCGAGAGGUACAUUCGCAGGGAAGGCAAGGAGCUGCAGCGGGUGCUGGAAAAGUGUAAGCGAAGGUACUUUGUCAUUAACAACUGCAUAUUCGGGGAGCAUCCCCAGGUGGGGUUCUUGAUGGAGAGAGUGGAGAAGAUGGUGGCAGAGGAAGGGGGCCACUACAACCCAGAGGAGGUGGAGAAGGAGAAGAAACCUCUGGAUGAGAACCAGAAUCCAGCCAGACAGGGGCAGGAGUUGGGGGCAAUACCCAAACGGAACUCUGGGAUGAGUUUGUCCAAAACCAUGGAAGUGGAGCAGCUUUCCAAUUAACGAGACACUCGUGGCUGAUGGAUCCCAAAAACCACAACUAACGGAACAUCUGCCUCACUGUCCUGACAGCUAAGCAUCUUAUUUGACAGGAAAGAAAAGGGUGACUGAAAUUUCACCAAAUGUACAAACCUGUUUGAGUUAUUUAUUGUUUUGAUCAGAUAUGUUACUGUGUGUUUUGGUUGUAUUUGUUCCCGAUUUUUAUCGAAGGCCUUUGCCUCAAGCCUAAACGCCCGUUUUUCAUACUGCUCAAAGAUUUAUACUCCACUAUUUGAACAUGAAACAAUAUAUUUUUUCUUUAAUUCGGAAGAUGGUCUAUGGUUUGUGAUAGUGUCUUGGGGGUUGUGUGAUGGGAGGGAUUUAAUUUAAUCUAAAACAACGAGGCACAAGCUGUUACAUGUUCAAUCCAAAGUGUACACUCCUUAGCUAGAAGAACUGCACUACUAAAUUGUUAUUAUAAUAUUAUGUCAGUGACUGUUGAGGGAAUUGCUUUUUUUAACGAUUCCCAUUUGUUGUGACCAAACUGUAAAUUCUUUCCUCAUGCUGCAAUGUUUAUAACACUCACAGUGCACAGUUAUAAAGCACUGGGGCAGUUAUUGAUUUUGUGUGUCGCCUUAAAGCAGUGAUUAUGUUUUCCUUAAAUGCAUCUUUUACGUAUAUAUCAUUUUGUGGCAGAGGGAUUUGUUUAAAGCAAGGAUGCAUUACCUUGAAAGCUGCAACGAUGAGUCAAUGAAUCGAUUAUUACCAUAUAAUCAGUUAAUAGUUUAAAUCAUUUAUAACAAUCAAAAAUAGUAAAUAUUAACUUGUUCAGUAUCUACUUUUCUUUGUUGAAAGUCUGAAAAUAAAUAUAUUUGGGUUUAUGAGUGUUGCCAGGACAAAACAAGCAUUUUAAGAUGACCUAUUUGGAUUCAGGAUACUCUGAUACAUUUUAAAUUAAUUUCUUCUGACCUUUUUUUUAGACUAAAUGAUUUAUCAAUCAAUCAAUCGAGAGGGCAGAUGUCUUGAAACUUACAACCAUAAAAGACAGUAGAACACUGGUAUUCAGCCUGGUGUCAAGUUACUUUGUAAGGAGACAGAUAUGUGUUUGGUGUAAAGCUCUGAAUGUAAACAUGACUUUCAAAAGGUCACCUUAAAGGUUUUUGUUUGUAGAAAAACAAGAAUCUUGGUGAAAACUGGUGUAAUCUUUGCCUUAGAGCAGGCUAUACAAACAGGUACUCUCCAACUCUUUGUUUGUCACGGUGUACUAUUAUUGGAUAGAGUCAGCUGCUCUGGACAGACCCUCAACUCUUCUGAGGACAUGUGUGACUGUUUUCUAUAGGCCUUUGAGCGCUCACUGUACUAACCAUUAGAUGAAUUAGGCAGUGUUGUGUCACCAUCUGAGUGUCCCAGUCAAAGGAAACACACAGUAACAAAGGUUACAUGCUGUAGUUGCCCCAGUUGAAUCACUCCUGUCUCACCUUUUGUGUGUCUGUGUUUAUGGCGCCAUUAUAGGACUGACCUAGAUGUACAAAGCAUAAAUAGGUGGACCCAGCAGUGGAUCCUUGCCUUGAACACAUCUCUCUGCUGCAGAUCAGUUCAUGUGUACACAUGGUUACCAAUGUAGCUGUCUGUUUCACAUGGGAACACUGCUAAUUAAGUUUCAGUUACCCUGGUGAAAUGCAGGUAUAAAUCAGGUUCUAGUAACAAUGCUAGAGCGUCUGAGUUGCAAUCCAGGAUUUAAUACGACUGACUCAAAGCCUUUAAUUAUAGGAACGCUGUAGAUACUGUUUCUGUAAAGAAGCUGACAGUCUUUUGCAUGAAUGUGUUGGUUCGAGAGUAGAAAGCAAACCCAAUGCUGUAUACUAAGAUAUCCACUAUGGUUAUAUCACCCAGUGAGGUCAAAUACAGACGUGUUUGUUAACACUUAGUUCUGAAAUAUGAGAAAGGAAACAGGUCUGCUGUAGAUUAGUGCCUUAAGGACUCAGCAUUACUGACAUUUUAACAUUUUAUUUGGGGUUUUGACAAAAGAAAAGGGUCAUGAAAAAGUACUUUGAAGGUUAUGUUAGGUAUUUUUCAUCCUGGGUGUUGCUGUCCCAUGUUUUUGUGACUAAAGCGGCCUUCACAUGAUAAGAACAAUGCACUUCGCUCACUGCCAGAUGCGGCGCAGAGGUCAGAGGUAAACUCGGUCAAACUUCAAAUAAUUUCAACUCUGAGCGCAGCACUCGGGCGGGAAAUCCGAGCGGUGCGCGACGCCAAGGGUAGCGGUGCCACUUUGUCAGGCGUUGCCGCCCUCUCCAUAGACAAACAAUGGGACAGCCAGCGCAAAGCGGUUUUACAGCUGAUCAUGUGUAGAGGCCUUAACUGACUAAUGGUAUUGAGUACUGAGCGAGACCGUCGCAACCAACCAUUUCAGCUAUCACCAACUCUGGUUUGGUUGAAAUAAACUCUUAAUUCACCCCCUAGAUGUGAAAAUAUUCUGGUGCUAUACACACUAAAAUGACUGUUUAUUGAAGUGGAGUCUGGUGGGUUUGGUGAUGUUGAGUUUGAAGCUGUUUCUGGAUAAACAAAAAGGAUCUUACUCUUUAAAAUGAAAGUCUAUCUCUGUAGGGAUCAUUUCCAUAACGUUGACAGACCCUUGAAUCAACAGUCUGGGCCUGUCCCUGGCAAAAAGCACUUUUAGUGGACGUCAAUUGAUGAUGUCCAAAUGCUCUGAGUGGUUACAUUGCAGCCUGUUUCCUGGCUGCCAGCUGCAGCGUUCUCACUCAGUACUGGACGAGUUUUAAAGAUUGUUGUUCCCAUUAAUAAUGUAGACACAAAAAACAUGGGAAAAUAGGGUUGAGGUUCAAAAACACUGAAGUUGCUCUUUCACACUGCUACAAAUGUGGGUCUUAUUGUAUUUGGUUAAAUGAUUAGAGGUCUUGCAGCACUCCAGUAUGAGUUUACAAAGCAACAUGGAACAAUUAAUGCACCAGUCAGAAAAAUUUGAUAAGAAAUGUGUAUAUAAAAAGGGAAGAGUCUUGAACACACUGAUUGAAUAAGAGUCACAAAAUAAGGUCAGGAUAAAGCAGAUGAGUACAAAACCUGCUGUUGGGCAUGCAGCCUACAGUGACCCACCUUUGUAGCAGUGUUUGGUGAUUGAGUUACUCUGAGAGGUGAAUGGAGUCACUCUUAAAAAUGUAUGAACGAAGCAGAGUCAUCUGUCUGGGCUUUUGCACUGUGUCCUCUGCAGGCCUUCAACGUGUCUUAUUGGCAGACACUAUUUGUAGUGAAGUUGGAAAUGCAAUGUUAGAAAUGCACUGUGUUGUUAGGUUCAAAUAAAUAUAUAUUUUGAUUUAA